CGAGAGAGAGAGAGAGAGAGAGAGAGAGAGAGAGAGAGAGAGAGAGAGAGAGAGAUAUGGGUGUUUUUCCACGGAGCUGAGAGAGCAAGAGCCGCGGAGACGGAGAAAUGUGAUGGCUUCAGGAGUCAUGGUGGUGGAAUGAUCCGGAAAACGAGGUUUGCCAGCCAUCUCUCCAGGUUACUCCCAAACCACCUUUUUUUUGCACUUGCCUCCAAGGUCAUCAACAAACAGAUAAUUCAGCGUGGAAGAACAAAUGCAGCAGCGAGUGUAGAAGAGCCCCGAGACACACCGGAGACCGCUCCUGGAAGUGAGGGACGAGAGGAAGGCGUGAAAAGAAACAAAACUGAGCGUGCACAAGAACGAAGAAAGGACCAGAUGAAUGAAUAAAAGAAAAGGAGCUGACAGUGGAGGCAAAAAAGGAGCAAAGGGAGGGUGAUGGAGGAGAGAGGAGGUGAGAAGGGGAGGUGAAGACUACUGCUUGGAUUCUUACUUGACUGAACUGCUUGAGAGACAGAAAAGUUCAACACAGCCAUGAGGAAAUCGUAUCAAGAUGCCAUAAAUAGGAUUUUAGCAAAGUGGAUUCCUGGAUUUUUUCCAAACCAGAGUCUCUUUUCGGAAUACCGCGCCAGGAUUGAGCGAGUAAUUCAGGAUUUUCCAGGUUUUCUUCAUCUAUAGAAGCCUAAGAGGAUAUCGUGGGAUUGGAAUUUCUCCAACUCUCUGGUUGUCUGACACUGACCUAUAUCGGUCUCCUUUUGAUGUGUGUGGGGAUGUGUGAGUGUGGAGCGGAGUAGGACAGGUUUCAGUGGAAGCACACAAUAACCCCCCCCUCGCCCGUGCUGGCUCAGAAUAAGUAGAAACACCUGGGGCGAGAUCUGUGCAACAUACACACACACAAACACACACAAACCAGGAUAACAUGUGGAGCUGAUUCGGAUUAUAGAGCCGCACAGACGGAAAAGGUCUGUGUACAGCCAGGCGUUCUACCAUGCCUGUCCCCCCACCCUUCAAUCCCCGCAGACAAAAACACCUACCCCACACACACCACCCCGAAGACAGAGCAGAAGGCUCCGACUUCCCCUCCCUCUUCCCUUUGCCCAGUCUGUCCGUCUCUCUUCUGUCCCCUCUUUUUGUUUCAUCUCUGUCAACUUCAUCCCAUCUCAUCCACUGCGCCUGUCCCAGGACUGCAAAGAGAACCCUUCCGGACUCUGUCCCUUUCCCGAUCUUUCACUGGCUGACUUUGGUCACAUGCUGCCUGCUUCCUUCUCUAAUUGGAGCAGGGGAGACGUGGGGUGUGGUCUCGGCCUGUCCUUUCCACUGCGUGUGUCGAAACCUUUCGGAGUCACUGAGCACGCUCUGUGCCGACAAAGGCCUCCUGUUCGUCCCACCGCAUGUUGACCGGCGGACAGUUGAGCUGCGACUGGCUGAUAACUUUAUAACAGAAGUGGGCGGAAAUGACUUUGUCAACAUGACCGGAUUGGUUGAUCUGACACUGUCAAGGAACACCAUCCACCUUAUUAGACCAAUGGCCUUCGCUGACCUGGAGAGUCUGCGCUCUCUGCAUCUGGAUGGUAAUCGCUUGACAAUACUCGGACCCAGAGACCUUGCAGGUUUGGUCAAUCUGCAGCACCUGAUUGUCAACAACAACCAGCUGAUCAAGGUCUCAGUGCAGGCUUUUGAUGACUUCCUGCUCACACUGGAAGACCUCGACUUAUCUUACAAUAACCUCAGGAGGGUACCAUGGGAGUCCAUUCAGAACAUGGCAAGUCUGCACACACUGAACCUGGACCAUAACCUGAUAGAUCACAUAGCGGAAGGAGUCUUUGGAGAGCUGUAUAAGCUUGCAAGGCUGGAUAUGACCUCCAACAGGCUCCGAACCCUGCCUCCUGAUCCUCUCUUUGCAAGGUCUCAGACAGGUGCAAUAAGUCCUACCCCAUACAAUGCUGUCAUAAGCCUAAAUUUUGGAGGGAACCCACUGCACUGCAAUUGUGAACUGCUAUGGUUAAGGCGCCUCAUCCGUGGAGAUGACAUGGAGACGUGUGCCACUCCUGCUCACCUGGCUGGAAGAUAUUUCUGGUCAAUUCCUGAGGAGGAGUUCACAUGUGAACCACCUCUCAUCACUCGCCACACGCACAAGCUGUGGGUGCUGGAGGGCCAGCGAGCCACGCUAAAGUGCCGUGCCAUUGGUGACCCCGAGCCAGUAGUCCACUGGGUUUCACCAGAUGAUCGCAUCAUCGCAAACUCAUCCCGGACAAGCUCCUUUAGCAACGGGACCUUGGAUAUCUUGGUAACAGUAGCCCGUGACGACGGGGCAUAUACAUGUAUUGCAAUAAACGCAGCAGGUGAAGCAACUGCCACUGUGGAUCUCAAAAUAAUCCCCCUGCCUCACCGGGGUGGAGUAGGUGGAAACGCUGGGAGCAACAGUGUUAACACCAAGAACAACAGGAAUGUGACCAAUGGAAUUUUACGGACCGAUCCGGGCUCGUCGGAUAUUAGCACGGCCAAAAAUGGAGGGAUUAACAAUGGUGCAGGACGUGGAGGAGAGGCAGAGGAUGGGAAAAGAGUUGGAGGGGAUGACGAAGAGAGUGACGGCGGUAGGGCAUCUGAAGGAGAGAGGACUGAUGGAGGAAACAUGGAGGAAGAAGAGGACGACGAAGAGGAAGGAAGGAUGAUUGGAGUACAGGGAGUAACAUCGACAUCGGCUCAGGUCCGAUGGGAUUUGGGGCGUUUGUCUGGAGCUUAUGUUGUCUGGAUGUAUCAGAUACAGUACAACUGCACUGCAGAUGAGACGCUCAUUUACAGAAUCUUACCGUCAACCAGUGAUCGAUUCCUGCUGAAGAACCUGGUUUCUGGUGUGGACUACAAUCUGUGCGUGUUGGCCAUUUUUGAUGACACAAUCACAUCUUUAGCUGCGACAAAAGUUCUGGGCUGCACAACCUUCUCCACCAAGGAUGUUUACCCUGCAUGUCGCUCUCUGCAAGCCCACUUUCUGGGCGGGACACUCACCAUACUGGUUGGCGGUGUUGUUGUGGUCACUUUACUUGUGUUUACUGUGGCACUCAUGGUUCGCCACCGUGUUUGCAAUCACGGGGACCAUAUAAUGUGUCACAGCAGCAAUACCGAGGCAGGAGGCGGGGCCUGCUGUCAGGGGAGUGUAGGAGGAGGGGACAAAGGAGGAAACAGUAGCGGAUGCUACCAAUCCAAUGGUUCUGGAGACAUGAUGAUGGUGGUCCUGCCCAAUGGUCUGCCUUCUAAGAGAGGAGGAGGAGAGAAGGACAAUGAAAAGGAAAAAGAGGCCGAUUCUGCCUCUUCUGUGCCUCCAAAACUGCCUCCUAAGCCCAGGCCGAAACCUAAAGUCAACCUGGAGCAGUUUCUUUCAGCCGGAGGCGUGGUUUCCACAACGACAGGGGCAGGAAGUGAGAUGGCACUGGUGGUGAGACAGCGAAAGUUGGACAAGGCACCACCGUACACCUCAGAAAGUGACAGAACGCCCCUCUACUACUCCCCUUCUCCCCCCUCAACCCUUCCCCGUCAGUCGCGUCAGAGGGAGCGCCCAAAGCCCCGACUGGAGCGAGAGCUGACCAAUCGUGCUAGUUUUUCUCUCGCGGCGCCCCUGAGAGACUCGGAGCUGUUGGACUGGAGAGUCACACCCAGAGGCAGGGACAAAUGGAACUCCUCACAGGCUUAUCAGAGCCCCGUUUCCCCUCUAAGCCCUGCCUGUGGAACAGUUAGCAAACGGAGGCACUCACUCGAUAUGGGCUCCUCGGUCGCGCUAGCGACUGAUGCCGCAGCGAGUGUCGCCAGGCGCUACGGUGCUGUCAGUUAUGCCAAGCGGCUAAGCGUCAUCUGGACGAGGCGGAGCCAGUCGCUGCAUGGAAUGCUGGUGCAGUGCGCUUCGACAGCAAGCACAGCUUCGUCGACCACGAGCGACGAGUGCGAAAGCAGCGGCGGGUUCGGGGGUCACUGUGAUUUCCAAAGGGGAUAUAUUCAUGCUUAUAACGCCACCAAUUCCAACUCUAACACUGGGAUUACCCCCGGGAAAGCAAAUAAUGGAAAAGACAGGAGUAGGGAAAAAGCAAAGGAUGGAAAGAGUGCGGAAGAACUGGAGGAAAGCGUGGUAUAGGGGCACGGAUUACAAAGAGUCGAGGGGGAUAAAGGGUUCUGUAUGAGGACAGUUUGAAUGAGAUGCUGAUUUAAGAAGGCCAAAGAGGUGAGGAGGGAUUAAAAAAGCACAACUGUUUUAGAUGAAAAACUUUUCCAGUUCAGAGGAAGGAAGAAGAGCAAGUGACUCAAGUGUCACUUAAGCAGCUUCUUGAUUUGCCAUGUGAGGUGAGAGGAGAGAGUAUACCAAGAAGUGAGGUCAGGAUUUGUAAGAGGCUCUCCGAGGAACCUCGAAAGUGAUGGCAGAGAAAUGUGACCAAAAAAUAAAUUAAUAACAAAAGAAAUCUUUAAAAAUUCAAGAUGACGGGGAAAGAAAGUACAAUCAUCGCAGUGACAAAGAAAGGAAAAAAAAAUAUAAAUGAGAGGGACAUGGGAGGAUGUAGAUUAAGGAAAAAAUGAGGGAAAACAUCAGUAAGGAAAGAGAACAAAGGUUACAGCAGUGAAGGAGAUGUUGUGAACUGUGUGGAUCACACUAACAACCAUUCAAUUCUCCAGAGUCUCAGCUCCCACACCACCAUGAGGAUUUACACCGGAUCAAGAACACCACCACCACCACUGUUAAUACUGGAGAAAUACUUGUGACAGAAAUACAUCAGUGAAGAGGUCUGGAUGACACAGCCCCACUCUGUUGUUUUGGCUUUCACACAGACGGCCAUUUUGAAGCUCUUUUCUGAAUGUGACUUUUAUGUGUCCUCCGUGUCUGGACAAUGAUUUUGGCUCGCUGUGCCUGCGGAUUAUGGGAGUAUAAAUACAGAGCUGGGUGCAUUGGACAUGAUCAAUCGAUACAGGCUGGAAACAGCGAGGGGAGCGCAGACAUUAUUAAAAGAAAGACACUGGAAUUACAAUGGAGUUGAUAUGGAUUACAAAAUGGAGAAGACGGGAGUGCACAAUGGAACGUGUAAGCAUGUGCAUUUGUAAAAGACGAGAUCGUAUUGGAUGUCAGAUGAUAAUGGACCGAACAGAUGAAUAAUGCUAAUGGAUGCGCAAGUGUGCAUGCAUCUAUGGAUCAGGGACAGGAUGCAUUUGUGUGCCUGUGUAUAUGAAUGUUCGUGGGGCGGGGUGGGGGGCGAGCCGGUGAACUAGACUCCAUGUUUCAAAAAUGUUUAGUGCUUUCUGGAUAUGCUGUAAAAAAGAAAGGAAAAAAAAAAAAAAAACACUAAAAUUUAAGGUAAGAGGUGUCCUUGAGCUCCACUGAGCGUGAAGGCAGGGAAAUGUUUAAAUACACCACAACCAGUACAACUUGUUAUUUUCAGCAGUGUAGCAUGGUGAGAAAGCAGAAACUGUUAAAUGGGAAUUAAAAUUUCAAAUUCAUUUUGUGUGACUUCAAACUCCUUUGUGCCACAUGGGUUCAUGGUAAAUCCAAAUUGAAUGUUCUCAGAAAGGAAGCAGUUUUAAAAAAAAAGUAAAUGAAUCAGAAACUGCUACAGACGCCACUAAACGCUAUAAAAUCUGUUGGAAGACUCUUAAAAACUUCUAUCAGAGAGAAACACACACACACGCAAACACAUACAUAUAUAGUAUAUAAAUAAAAUAAUGUUACUUGUCGCACCAUGUGUUUGUUUUUCAAAGUUUUCUGGGGAGUGAUUCUAGGAUCAAACGCAAACUAUGAAAAGUGUGAUUUUUUGUUUUAGACAAGAAAUCUUCAUGAGUAGGAACGAACAUGUUGAUUAUGACUAGGCAGUAAAAUAAACUACAACAAGAAUAAGCACACACUCCAAAACACAAACUGGCAAGCACACACACACACACACACACACACACACACACAGAUGCCUAUUAAACAAAGCCAAUUCCAAUAAUAACAAUCAGUGUUGUUUCCUUUCUGUUCUCAUUUCAUUUUGCCAAAGUCAAUAUUGUUCUCUUGACUUGAUAUAAAUAAUAAAAUUUACAUGUAUGGAA